GAGUGCAAGGUGCGCAUCGGCAAGUACGAGCUCCUGUUCUACAGCACUUCCGAAGGCCACUGGGACCCCAUCCAGCGGUUCGACAUCGGGCCCCGGAUGUCGCUGAGGAGGGUGGCGGACGGCGGGGCCGCCGACGACGCGGAGCCGAGGGCCACGUACGCCCUGGACCUGGGCCUGCCG